AUUCAAAGCAUUGAGGAAUGUGGUAGAAAAAUAUGUUGACCUAGUGAGUCAUGGGUUGUCUAGUAAGCUAAGACCUGAACGAAUAUUAGUCAUACGCUGAAAAAAUGCUUUCAAUUUUGAUUGAGAAAUAUGAUUGAUGGAACUUGGGUAUGAUCCUCUCCAACUUGCCAGCAGUCUGCUUUUGGCCAUCACAACAGGCGUGAUAGUUGUAAUGGCACACAGAGACAAGGCGUGAUUAGCCAGUAAAAGUUAUUAUCUACUGCUUACAGAAUUAGUCAAUACAUAUAUUUAUUCUUUCCUGUCUGCCCUGUGAGUACGACCACCACCAUUGUGCCAGGCUUGGCAAGAAGGUAUCUAAAAGAAAGCAGAUACAAUAGCUAUUCCUGAUACCAGCAGUUUAUUCCUUGCCUUCUGGGCAUACAAGGGAACUGAGGGCUAGGUCUACUCUGCUGCACUAUCCCAAAAACGUUCAGAGGUAGCAAACUUAUUGAUGCUUGGAUUCUAAAAAGACCUCUUAAAACUUCAUAAAGACAGGCAAGUUUACAUCUGGUGUUUUCCUACUUUAGCUUGGCAAUUAUUUGGAAGGCUCCUAGUAUGUUGCCAAGAAUCUGUCAUAAUUUGGCUCUGAUCCUGUUCCUUAUAUUUUCUGGCAAAGAUCCCUUUGCCAUAAAGAGGUCCAUUCUCUCAAGAGCACCUGGCCUAUUUUGUGUCCCAAAAGGGGAUGAGCCGCCAUUCCAUUUACUAUGGUCGCUAUGGCAACACACCAGCCCCGCCAUAUUGGUAGGAAUGUUUCCAUGGCAACAAAACCACGCGCGAGCGAUAGCCGCCACAUCGUUUGAUUUAGUAUCUACAGGGACCAAGACGUCUCCCUGUGUGCAACUGUCUGUCGAGCCGGCCGAGCAAAGGUAACGAAGCCCGCAUCGCAGGCAUGACGGACCAUUUAGGCCUGGAGGACUUGAAUCUGACAGGAGAAGAAGCCGAGCGCCUGACAAACGCUUUCAAGGACGACGGAUUCCGCACUCUUUUCGCGGAGUACGUGGCCGAACUGAACGAUCCCGAACAAAGGGCCAUUUAUGAGGCCGAAGUGAUAGCUAUGGAGCGGCAGCGGGGCGUCGAAGCCCGCUUCCUCCACCCAACCCCGGGCUGGGUCCUGCGCACGAGCCAGGCUGGUAGCCGGCGCUGUUACAUUAACAUCUGCAGCAACCGGCUAAUCGGGAGGCCGGAGUCUCGGCCAGCGCCUGGAGGUUCCUGCUGGUUCCUGCCACACUCCUUAGCCCCGGGACGCGAGGAAUUGAGCCGCAAAGAGCCGCGUGGGCCUCGCCGUCUGGUCUACGACGUCGUCUUCCACCCGAGCACCCUGCGCUUGGCCGGCCGCAUGACCCAAUUCCGCCGCCUGGUGAACGACACGGCCUUGGAGGCGAUAGAGAAAAAUUUCUCCCCGCAACUGGACCGCACGAACGCCGUCCCCCUCAACCGCAUCAAGUAUAAGGGCGUCCCGCAGGCCACGCUGCUCCGGACGCCGCUGGCCGCAGGAGCUCGACCGUCCCCAGAAGAGCCUGGAGAGCCAGACGACUCCCCCUUGCCGCCUUUUCCUUCGCCCUACACCUACCCGCCGCCCAGCCCGCAGUACGAAGCUCUGAGGCCCCCUCCGCCCAAGCCACCCCCGCUUGCCACCACUCCGCAAUGGACCCUCCGGCACCGCUCCUACGUGGACCUUCAGGAUUAUCGCAACGCCCGGGACUCCGCGCCUAGCCCGAUCCCCCGUGAGUUGGUGAUGACCAUUGAACUGCCGUUGCUCAGCUCUGCCGCCCAGGCCCAGCUGGAGAUCCGUGGCCAGGAACUCCAGCUGGACUCGCAGCGUCCUGCCGCCUAUAGUCUGCGCGUCCCGUUGCCCUACGCAGUGGACGAGAGCCGUGGCCGGGCCACGUUCAACAAAGGCAAGAAACAACUGGUGGUCGUCCUGCCGGUUUUGCGGAAGCCUGACACGGGCCUUGCUUUCAGCGUUCAAGCUGAGCAGGAGCAAAUCGAGAAAACGCCAGAAAACGAGGAGCAGCUGCCAGAAGACAGCGGUAUCAGCCCGGAUAAGGACGGUGCGGAAGUAUGUCAAAAGACGAGCUAUUCUGAGCAGGCGCUUUCCGUUCUUGCGUCCGACGUAGUAACUCCGUCACCCUCGUUGGCUAUUGCUACAACCAAUGAUGCUGUGGAUGCUGCUUUACUUUCUGACUUGAACGGCCCGAUUCCACUCUGUGCCCACGAACGCACUACAUGUGACAAUCUGGACUUUUCGAUGCAUGCGGGAGAAGAGAAUCCCCUCGUUUCCUGUGCUUCUGAAUUUAGUGCUGCACUUCCCGCGUGCAACGAGAACAACAGUGAAGGGAUGAAGCGAAUCCGGGGUUAACCAGAAGCAGUAACAACGUG